AUGAGGUGUUACCCAAGCAAAAGUACAAGUCGCCAUCCACAAUCAGAUCGCGCCUUCUCCGCCGCGAAAAAAGCCAAACUCACUGAGCACUAUGGACUUCCGGAAGACUCAAAGUUCCUCUUCUUGAAAAAAGGACGUAAAUUUGGUAGGCCUCGUCUGAGUCUUUCUCAUGGGACUGUGGUAUGUCUCGAUGUGGAUACCUCGGAGCUAUUACUAGUUGUCCGAUUUGUCGAGCGUCAGGAAGGAAUCAAUGAUGAAUUGUUCAGAAGUUAUAAUCACUCUAUCAGUACCGUUUAUCAGCACGCCAAAGCUCGGAAUGAAGUUUUAGGGAAUUUUGCUACUUAUCGAGGAAGGAGACAAGGUAACAAGUUCGGACGAAUGUAUGCUGCAGGAUUCCGUCCUGGGUAUGAUCACAUUGUCAAAGGUGGUCAUUAUACCUGGAAUGCAGAAGUAGCAAACGACCUUCGCAAGAUGGAAGCCGACUUGAAAAGACAAGGAAACCUCCCUGUGAUUGAAUCCUUCUUUGCCGAACGAUUCAGCUCACUCUCCUUAUUUGCUUUUGAUUCUAAUGCCACUCUGGCAGCGCAAACAAACGCACCAUCAUGGGGGAAUCAGUCCUUUUAUGUAACUCCCAACUCCAAAGUAUUCGGUUCUAGCAUUGUGGUCACCUGCGACGAGUUUGUCAACAAAAAGCACAAAGAUAGAGAUGCGUCAAAAUAUGCAUUUGGUUUAUUCUCAUUAGUCGAUUGA